GAUCUAUAUAAAUACAAAUCAUGUCAAAUGUCAAACAUGGGGGAUAACCUCGAAAAUAAUAUAGAUCUAGAUCUUAUAAUGAUAAUCUAGAUAUAUUUUCUAAUUAUUGGCGAUAGCCAGAAUAGGACAGAUCAUAGAUCACUAAACUCAUGACUCAAGACAGCAAGAUGUGAUAGAAAAAAAAAUAAGGACAUCUAAGAUUAAAAAGAAAGAGAUGUCAACAGCAAAAAAUUAUCAUGCCACCACCCAUACAGUCUUUGGACUAUAAAUAGCACUAAAUAAGUGAUACUAUAAGGCCUAGACAAGCAGCUAUCAGUCUAUACAGGGCAAGAAUGAAGCGCUAUUUAAUUAUAACAGGAGAUGACUUUGGCUUCAGUUGGGAAAGGAAUGAAGGUGUGAUGGAAGCCUUCAAUAAAGGUGCCAUCACAAGCGCCUCACUGCUUCUGAACUGCACUGGCACUGAGGAAGGUGCAGCCAUGUUUAAAAGCAGUCAGCUUUGUCCUGGUCUGCACCUAAACUUAACAGAAGGAGUCCCCAUAGCCAACCACCAGUAUAAAACUCUUACGAACGAGACUUUCAAUUUUCAUGGCAUGCUGCCAACUCCCAGGCUUUUAGAUGCUGGAAAUAUCGAUGAAGAAGAGAUAAAAAGAGAACUAGACAGUCAGAUCAAAAAGUUUAUUGAGCUGGUGGGGAGAGCCCCUGUGUACGUGGAUGGUCACCAACAUAUUCAUCUCCAUCCAAAAGUGGUUGAGUUAUUUGCUGCAGCUUUGAAGCAACACAACAUCCACAUUACUCGAUUCCCUGUAGAAAUCAACAUGGCUGCUAAAGAAUGGGUAAAUCCAGAGUAUAUGCCAUUCUUCCUUGCUAUGAUUGAAAAGGCACAUGUGGCUAAGAAAGUACUGGAUGAUUACGGUAUCAAGACAACAGAUAGCUUUGUUGGGCUUUCCACAAUGGGACGGGAUAUGACACCUGAAAGAUUGCAGAAGAUUAUUUUAGAAGCUUUUGAGGAUGCUGAAAGACGACUGUCUUCUGAUAAGCGAGGCUUCACCACCUGUGAACUAAUGACCCAUCCAGGCUAUCCAACUCAUAGGAUUCUUGGUGGUUUUUCUUGGGGAUCUGAUGACUUUGGCUGUUCGGAAGAUCGUAUCCAUGAAAUCAAUGUAUUAAGUAGCCCAGAGAUGAAAGAUUUUUAUAAGCAAAAUAAUAUUGAACUAGUGUCGCAUUCUAUUUUGUUGAGCUGAAUGUUUUAUUUUGUUAUAAGUACAUUGAAGUGUUCAAGAUUUUUAACAUUUAUUAUUUUUUUGGCAUUAUUUUAUAACCACAUUUUGAACUGACUUUUAGAUUUUAAAGAAACUUUGCAAUUUGUUUUUGUUGACAUCCUAUACAGGAGUACACAAAUUUUUUGUUGUUUUGCUGGAAAUAAUAUGCCAAAGAUUUUAGGAUUUUAUUUUUAAGUUAAAUUUUUUUUUAAUGUAAAUGUUAUUCUAAUGGUUUUAUUACAUAUUUCUUGCUAUUUACUGUCAUUUUAAUGUUAUAUGGAAAAAUAAUACAAUAAAUAAAUCAAAGGAUUUGUAUACACUUUAUUUUUAGAAAUUAAAUGUUAACUUAAGAAACAAAUUUAAAACAUUUUUCUGUGACUGGAAUAGUUCUUAUAAACUUAGGUUCGGUUCCCCAGGAAGGACAGCUGCAGAUUCGGGCACACCUUGGGUGGAACCAGUGGCAGUAUCUUCUUCUGGCACACCUUGGGUGGAACCAGUGGCAGUAUCUUCUUCUGGCACACCUUGGGUGGAACCAGUGGCAGUAUCUUCUCUAGCCAUGACUUCAGGAUUAUUAGUGCUAGCAGUGGUCUCCUCACGCUUAAAGAGAACCACAAGUUCACAGUGUUUAGUUCCUGGGAAGAGGUCCACAGGUCUGACCUUAUCCAUGAUAAAUGGGAGACCCUUGUGCCUUCCAGUUUCUGGGCGUAAGAGGCUAUAAAUAAAAGCAAUAGUUUUGUUGCUAUUCUGAAAUGACUACCACUAUCAACAAAACCACACUACUUUUUUUAUUUAGUAACUUAGUUUGAAGUUCUUGAUGUAAUUAUUUAUAAUUAAAAGCAAAUUAUUGAA